AUGGCAGUCAGCAAAGCUGUCAGCAAGAAGAAAAAGGAGCAGCCAAAGGGCAUGAACCAGGAUGUGAUUAACUACUUGAUUGCAGGUGCACUGCCUGCUGUGUUGGUGGGGGCAGCGCUCAUGAAGGACGAACGUGGCAAAGCGCCGCGCGUUCCCGUCAUUUUCGCAUUGCUCAAUUUUGAGCUGACGCCGAACACAGAGGGAAACACCAAUGCCCGGUUGCAUCUCAAAUUUAACAUUGAGCUCGAGUAUGGUACCGGCGAUUCUCGUAAGCGUUGGGUGAUUGAGCGUGACUUGGAAGAUUUCUGGCGUCUCAACCUGUCUUUAGGCAUUCGUCGCAAGCUACGACUCUCAAAGAGCAGAAAGCCGCCUGAUUUUCCAUCAGAAGCUCUGCCAUUCUUCAGGACUGCCCGAAACUUGGAAGGCGAUGAACGCACAAAACGUAUGGCUCAAGACGUCGGGUCUGGCGUUGCUGCAGGUAUCGGCGCGCUAGCGGGCGCAGUGGGUGGUGCCUCUCAGCUUGUUGACCGUGAUCGACAGUAUCCACGUAUUGUUGCAAACAGGAUCGGUGCCUGGUUGCGUAAAUGUCUUGUUUGCUACACAUUCCGCGAAGAAUGCAACCGCCUUUGCAAGUUUUUGGAGCUCUCAACCCUCGGCAUUCGUCUAUCGCGCGAUGAACGCAAGUCUGGGAAAGAAGGAUUUCUCGCUAUUCGCAGUAUUCGUGGAGCGACACGUGGCAUGACCUGUAAUCCGAUGGAGUACAAAAGAAGGCAUAAGCCUCGGUGGUAUCUGGUUCGUGAAAGCUACAUCCUCAGUGUCGAGCAUCCAAGUGCCACGGAGAUCUAUGAUGUCUUCUUCUUGGAUCACCAUUUUGACAUCACGCGGAGAGACUUUUUGUCGGAUGUAUCGAUCGACGAUGGGAAGCAUCAUCACCCGCAGCAUCAUCAGUUCAAGAUGAAGAAUAGUGAAAGACGUGUGCACCUUGUCGCCAAGAAUGAAAGACAGUUGGACCAGUUUGUCAAGAGCAUUGAAACGAUGGCAGAGUCAACGCCAUGGGCCAAAGAACAUCGCUUUGGUAGUUUCGCACCUGUACGCACCAAUGUUGCCGCUCAGUGGUUAGUGGACGGCCGUGAUUAUUUUUGGAACGUCUCUCGUGCCAUUUACAACGCAAAAGACACCAUCUACAUUCACGACUGGUGGCUAAGCCCUGAACUCUACAUGAGGCGCCCAUCGGCCAUUGCAGAGAAGUGGCGGCUCGAUCGACUUUUGCAACGCAAAGCGCAAGAAGGUGUCAAAAUCUUCAUCAUUAUCUAUCAAAAUGUUGGUACAACCGUGCCGAUUGAUUCUACCUACACCAAAUAUUCCAUGAUGGGUCUGCAUCCAAACAUCUUGUUGCAGCGGUCGCCUGGACAUCUCAAGCAAGUCACCUUUUUCUGGGCGCAUCACGAAAAGAUUCUUGUGGUAGAUAAUGAGAUUGGCUUUGUCGGUGGACUGGACUUGUGCUUUGGUCGUUGGGAUACACCUGAACACAUUCUCGUUGAUGACAAGGACAACUUACGCUCUGGCGAUGGCGCUGAGACUGGUGAAAAGUCAGUUCCUGAUGCUGGAGACGAUGUGACGGACAAGGACUUUCAGGUAUGGCCAGGCAAGGACUACUCCAAUCCACGUGUGCUCGACUUCCACACUCUGGACAAGCCCUAUGCAGAGCUGUACGAUCGCAGCAAGAUUCCAAGGAUGCCGUGGCAUGAUAUCAGUAUGUGCUUGCUCGGUCAAGCGGCGCGUGACAUUGGACGGCAUUUUGUGCAGCGCUGGAAUUACCUCCUCCGGACCAAGCCACCUCGCAGACCCAUGGCAAUGUUACUUCCACCCUCAGACUAUGAUCCUGCUGAUUUGGAAAAGUACGGCUUGACUGGUACGUGCGAAGUACAGAUUCUGCGCAGUUCCGGCAAUUGGUCUCUUGGUUUGGAUGCAACGGAGCACAGUAUUCAGAAUGCAUACUGCAGUCUCAUCAAAGAGUCUGAGCACUUCAUCUACAUUGAAAAUCAGUUCUUCAUCACCAGUACAGAAGUGGAUGGCACAAAGAUUGAGAAUGGUAUUGGAGAUGCUCUGGUUGAGCGAAUCAUCAGAGCACACGCCAAUCAGGAACACUGGAAGGCCGUUCUUGUGGUUCCUAUGCUUCCUGGAUUUCCGGGUUCAAUUGACAACAAUGAAGGCACAGCACUAAGGUAUAUCAUGAAGUGCCAGUUCAACUCCAUCUCACGAGGUGAGAAGUCCAUCUUUGGGCGUUUACGAAAAGCUGGCAUCGACCCAGUCAUGUACAUUAAUGUUUUUGGACUUCGCGGAUGGGGACGAGUCGGCAAGGAAACGCCUAUGCUCGUUUCAGAAAUGGUCUAUAUCCACGCAAAGUGUAUGAUUGUGGAUGACCGUGCAACGAUUAUUGGGUCGGCCAACAUCAAUGAACGCUCACAACGCGGCAUGCGUGACUCGGAAGUUGCCUCAGUUGUUCGUGAUACGGACAUGAUGGACUCGACCAUGGGUGGCAAGCCAUACAAAGUUGGACGCUUCUCACACACGUUGCGCAUGCGACUGAUGCGCGAGCAUCUUGGCGUGAAUGUUGACGAGAUUGAGCAGCAAGAAUGCCAUAUGGAUGGACUCGCCAAAGCUGUGCCAUUCAACCGUGAUUUCAAAGUUUGGAACCCAGCGGAGCAGCCUGGUCACAUUACCAAUCCGCUGCCAAGUGGUAUCCCCAUCACCAUUGGCCGGACCACCAAUUUGGGUGAAGAGAUGGAGCAUGCGAAGCGCGACCCUGAUAUUGGCUUUACGCUCAAAAUGUACAAGGAUCAAGUAGCGGCUGAGAAGGGCAAGCCAUACACAACCUCUGCAAACCGAUAUGCAGAUGCCGACAAGAAGCUGGCAGAGCUGGCAAAGGAGCUCAACAUCACAUUAGAUGCGCCUCUUAAACCAUUGGUGCACCUGGGUUCCGGCGGCACCGGUCCGUUUAGCGCACUUGACCAAGAUGAGGUGAAAGUUGCGGAAGGCAAGUCUCAGGGUGGCUUUGAAACAUUUGCAGAACAGCCUUUCACAAACCCGUUGACUGGCAAAGAGAUUGCUUCUGUGGAUCCAUAUGGAUUCUCUGAUCCGUUGAUUGACUCAUUCUACCAUCAGACAUGGUGUUCACUUGCAGUGAGCAACACAGACAUCUAUCGCGAGGUCUUCCGCUGUCAACCGGAUGACCAAGUCAAGACGUGGAAGGAUUACCACAAGUGGGAGAAGUACAUUGCAGCCAGCGAUGAGGCGAGCUCUUCUGGGACCUUACACGAGAAGGAAACAGACAGCAGUGACCCUCGCUCAACAACCACAAGUACGGUACCUGGCUCGCCAGCCAAUGGGAAACAUGGUCGACAGACGCGUACUAUUGGCGGUCAGACCGUCGAACUGCCGAGUGUUGAGAUGAUGGAGCAGAUGCUAUGUGGUAUCCGUGGACAUCUCGUCAUAUGGCCAACUGAGUGGAUGCUUGAAGCCGACAAGCAGAAUGACUGGCUUUACACGAUCGACAAGGUACAGCCGAUUGACAUUUAUUCUUAA